UGUUUACACUUGCAAUAUAAACAGUUGUCAUUACAGAAAGCUUGUUCUCUGCAUUGGAAUACCUGGUACAUGGCGCCCCUCAGGAGGGUGCAUCGCCUCGUUCUAUGUCUUUUCAUGGCACUCUGGCCUUUUAUGGUCAAACCGCAAACGUCUACCGGUUCUGGCAUGCGAUCUCGAAGCCUCGGCACCACUUUUGGGGAAAGACAUCGCAGUCUCGAAAUGAUGGCAGAAAGGUUUGCAAUGUCCACCGCAUUCCAACGUGCAGAUCGCCCUCGACGUCAACUCGGCACCGCCAUGAACCAGAACAAUGGCUUCAAAUCUGUGGGAACGCCAGGAUGUAAGGAUACAUUUGAUAAUGUCACUGAUGGAAGCCAUGCCCUGAAACGCGACAUGCUCCAGCAACGGCGUCAGAGAAGGUUUAUCAGUAAGAGAAAGCUUAAGAAGAAGCUUCAAGAGUGUGAGGCAAGCCUUCAGGAAACCCAGGCUACCUUGAAUGCACCGAGCUUCUUGUUUAUUCAGAUGGCGCAAUCCUGCACUCUUGAGAUGACAGCGGGCAGGUAUUACCUUAAGUCGUCAGAUAUGGAUAUUGACACAUACAUGUUCUCGGAUAAGCCCUUCCGGUACGCAUCUACGUUGCCAACGAGCUAUUUCGUCGGAUACCUAUUUGACGAGAUCUUCGCAGACGAGAAACCAAACGCUGGCUUCACCUUCAAUGUGUACAACAACCAGUCGGAAGCAUCGUUUGAAGGGCCACUCAUAUCUAUCGUGCUGAAAUCGCAGGAGAUCAGUCUUCAAGACGACAAGACGACCAUGGUCGUCUACGAGCUCGCGCAGUCAGCGGAACAGGUUAAGGCUACACCUCUCUCAGCUUUCUUCCCUGUCAUCGAUCCCGAUGGGAGCGCAUCUUUGACCUAUGAGCUAUGCUCCAUCUUCAUCGACGAUGGGGAGGAGUCUGUAAGACGGAGUGAUUCAGUAACGACUGAGAAGAAUUUUUUCCAGCCUCUUCUAAGCGUGGAGGAAUCUGCAAAACGGGUUAGUUUCGCUGCGUCCGUUGUCGAAAGAGGCCCCCCCGGCCCAAGUCCAGCUCCGGGAGGUAAUGUUCAACCUACCCUGAGGAGGUAUGCGAAAGUUUGGCAGUACAAGAAUGGAGAGGGCAAGAGGGAAGGAGGAAUAGAUGCGAAGGACUACCUCAAGGGCGCUGCGGGCCUUGCAACGUCGGCUUCCAGUUUCAUUGAAAAAUGCAAAUCGAAAUCCAAAGGCUGUGAUUCAAGAGACAUCGUAUCAGGCGUGUCGAACAUGUUUCUCUCCUUCUCCUUUGUGGUCGGGGCCGCCUUCCCCCCUGUGGGUAUAGCUUUAACGGUAGUGGCGUCCGUCGGUCUUCUCAUUUCUGCCCUGGCGUUGGACAGUAGCUUCGCAAGCGUAGUAGACAGGACCAUCACCCCGUCCAUUAUCCAGGGGGAGGUCAACAAAGCACUUAGAAGCUUCACUGCAUCCUUAGACGUUGAAGUGCUCGCAUCUUUCACUGCUUUCUUGCAGCUUGACAUCGACUGCUACGUCAGGCGCAUAGGCUGCAUCGGAAAUAUUGCCAAACAGAAGGGUGCUGCAGGCCAGCAAUCCAUCGACAAGCAGGGUCCUAUUUCUUUGUGGUAUUGGCAAGAGUAUCAGCCAACAUGGACCGGCACAUAUCAGCCGGCACUUUUGAGUAUCGAUGCAAAGUACAGUACUUGGUUUGGCUCCAACGAAAAUGGACUGCGCACCAACAUCAAUAAGUGGGUCAGCGAGUGCGAUAGCAUGUGUAACGUCUUGACAUCUGAACUCUUAAAGGAUGGAAACAACCUUCUGGACAAAUGCAAGAAUAAGAUAACGGAUGCUAGGACCAACUGGAAGAACUUGAAUGCUUUCGCGAAUGCCUAUCUCCAGAUGGCUACAAAGCUGAUGAGUUUCAUGGCGCAGAGCAUAGUGCUCUUCCAGUCUUCCUCGUAUUGCGAUCCUGAAAAAUAUGACCCAAGCGUCAUCAAUGAAAGGUGUUAUUGGAACAGUGCCAUCGACAACCUAUCUUCCAAGGUGUUUGCAUUCAACAGCACACGGAUGGCCCUUCUCGCAAACCUGUUCUACGAGUAG